AUGUCUGAUCUUGAUCAGUCACGUUCAUCAAAUAAAAAACAAAAUGAUCAAAUAAAUAAAAAAUUAUGGAACGACCUUGUAAUUGAUUUUCAUCUCGAAGCUUUUAAGUUUCCAGAUAAUAAAAUUUAUGGAAUAGUUAAAGUUAUACCUAAAUCAUCUCGUGGACUUAUUCAAAAAUUUAUUUUAGUCGUUAAUAAAACAACUGAAAUAGACUUUCAUGUUAGUUAUGAUUCUAUAGCAGCAUCAGGUUUUAAUACAAAUACAAAGGAUCCAUCAGCUUAUAUCAAAGCCAUACCGAAUAAUACAAAAUGGUCACAAGAACCAAAAUUAUCAAAAAACUGUUAUUUUCAUUUUACUGGUGAAAUUUUUGCUUUAAGUCCAACGAUAAGUUUUACAUGGCCGGAUAAGGAAGAAAAUCCUAAAGCAAAUCUUAAUGUUAAAUGGUUUCAUCUUGGAGAUAAAACUGCUCAUAAAUAUAUUAUGUAUCUAGAUGAUAUACGUCAAAAACAAAUCGAAGAUGAAUUCCAUAUUUGUAUUAAAGGAUUUGAAAGUGGUAAAAGUCAUACUUUUCAAUUAGUAUCAACAAUACUGAAUGGGAAAGAAACGUAUCGAUCUGAUCUUAUGGAAUUUACUGUGCCUACACAAGGUUCUUCUAAGAAUCAAGAAAAUGAAUUUAUCACUGUAACAAAUGAAGUACCUCCACCGAAUCUACCAAUCGUCCUUCCAACAAAAGAUGAUAAAACAUCAGAUGUUGUUGAGAAUGACAAAGAACAAAGUCGUAAACCCUCACUCGUACUGAAAGAACGAAGUCGUGAACCACCGCCUGUACUGGAAGAACAAGCUCGUAAACCAUCAUCCGUAUCGGAAGAACAAUAUCGUAGAUCAUCAUCCGUACAGAAAGAACCAUCUAAUAGUGAUCAUAUAAUGUAUACUUGUUGUAAUGAUUCACCACAUGAGGAGUUUCCUGGAAUAGAACAUUAUUUGAAAAAUAUUGGUGAUACAAUACCAACUUCUCCGAAAUCGUUGAUUAAUGGAAACAAACAAUUUAUAUCAUCUACAGAAAAAAACUAA